CAAUGCGCAACGUGCAUUGCGCUGGGCGAGGACCACCUAAUCCUCCAAUCCCAGUGUCCCUGUGUAAGUGAGGUAGAUGGACCUGCUGUGUAAUUCGUACACGGUUCUUUGUUCCACUGCCUCUCUGCGAGAGUCGAAGGUGGUACGUACCUCUAGUGCUGAGCAGCACCCCACCUUGCCUCACUCUGCCCCUCCAAAAAUCCUCCCGCAUCUGCGCCCGUCGCGUUUCCCGACUGAAUCAGCUCCAUUCCGCCACCACGAAACCGCGAGCACCAGAGUUCAAUUCCCGCAUCGACUCGCCAUCGACAAAAUUUUCAACAGCUGAGAAUGAGAGCGGUUGCACCGCAAUCAUGAGCGGGGUCGGUCUUGAGGUCCUGCUCGAGGGCCUGAUCCCCGAGAUCGCAUAUUCUGGAGAAAAAGGACUCUCGAUAUCUGAAUUGCUGAAAAUUGUCCGGCAAUAUCAUCUCAGUCAAGGCGGGCACAGUGCGGCGUUCCAAGAUGGCGUUGCGCAGAUGCUGCGUCAGCCGGUCGACGAGACAAACCUUGAGCAAUCACUUACUGAAGCUGAGAUGGCAUCGGCCCGUUGGGCAUGGGACUGGUUGCGAUCUCGUCCGCAAAUCCUAAUCAAUGGCAACAGGCGUUGGAAUCGGCUGGAGUUCAGCGAGGCUCUUGCCCUGCCGGAAGCCGACUCCGUCGACCCGGCGCUCGGCUCUGCAUUAGGAGACGCCAAGGGCACAGGAAAGGGAGAGUCCAAGAAGGCGAAGAAAACCCUGACCGUCCGCCCCAGGAUACACCCGUCGGAGGAUCUAGUGUGGCAGACCCUGACUCGCCAUGGCGUCGACUACAAGCGAGUUCCUGCUCUCGAAUGGGCCUGUUUGCAGGGCAUCGCGUCCGCUCGCGCCGAGGGCAUCCUUCAGAGCGACCUUCGGCGCCUGGUAGACCAAGACAAACGGUCCCUGCCGAAGCGGACGGAUUCCCUCGCCCGGAAAGGCUAUAUCGCCAAGCGUACGGUCGUUGUGCAGAAAAUGAAGACCAGCAGGCUGUGGCUGAUCGAUUUCGCCCCUCCGCUUGUUGAAGAAGAGACGUGCGGCCUCGACUUGUCGCCCGAGAACCUGAGCAAAGACCUGGAACCAGUUCCCUGGCACCCGCGCUGGACCGGCGACAACAUCGACAUGGACGCCCUCGGCAGAACCGCUGUCGGCGUUGUCAAGGCUUUCAAUGUCAUUCGAUACGCCGAUCUACGACUCAAGAUGGGUGUCUCGGGCAAGCGGUGGCAGAUGAAGACCCUGGCCAAAAAUUGUCAGCGUUUGGUCGAUGUGGGCGUGCUCAAGUACGCCGCCGCCUCCUUUCCGGGCUCGCGUAAGGUCUUCCUGGACUGCCUGAAGUUCGUGAGGGACCCGAGCCCAGAGGAGUGGGACAAGUUCCUUGCCACGGGGAAGAAGACGUCGCAGUAUUCGGACCCGACUAGGCUUCGGGAACCGAAACCAAAUGCGCUGGCUCUCUACGGGAAGUCGGAGGAUGGCGGAGGCGGCGGUAGUGCCGACAGGUCCAAGCUAAAGCGCAUCUUCAGCGGCUGGACACCCGAGAAGCCUCUCGCGCAGACUGUCUUCGAAGUUAUCCGGAGCGCCGGUCCGGAAGGGGCCUCCAACCCUCAGGUCAGCGUGGCAACAGUUGGCUACCAGCAUCGACGGUACCUUUCGAGCUACCUAGCGAAGGUUGCCGAAACCCAGCAACCACCCCACCUCAAGAAGUUCCAGAUCGUCAGCAAGCUUGUUCGUACAGGUAAAACAUCCGCCUAUAUGUUCUCGGCCCCUGGGGCCGCUGGGCUAGCUACUCCUUCCAAAGUCGACGAAGACGCAGAUGAAGGGGAACAGGCGCAAGCGCAGGCGCAGGCGCCGCACAAGGAGUCGCCAGACUCUACCGGCACGGAUUUUUACGGCUUUGGGGCGGUGCGACCUAAGGCUUUCUGCAACGGGGAGAACAUCUCACUCUCUGAACUGUCCCGCAUCGCUAGGGAGAAAAAACCUUCAUUAAAACGGAAGCUGUUGCCUCGCAUCAGGCUCGAGCAGCAAGUUGCAACCGAACCCGUUCCCGAGGCGACGACUGAAGAGAACGUUGCCGCGGCGAAUCUGAACGAAGAUGAGCAACCCUCUGGAUCCAGAGACACCCGAACUCGCAAGCGGCGCUUCGAGGAGACCUUGGAUGACGCCGAGGUCGCAGAAAACGGCACGGCUGGGUCAUCUGGCGCCCAAGAUCGUGAUGUUUCACCCACGGUUUCCGCGGCCAAUGGAGUCACCGAGGCCGCGGCCGACACGGUUGUUGCCGUACCAACACCAACAAAGGUUGAAGACGUCGUUUUGGACGUCCGGUACAACGGCCUGGCUGGAAAACUGCAGGUCCAGCCCCCAGACCGCACAGUCACCUUCGUAAGGUCCGGCAGAAGCUCCAGGAAACCUCUGGUGAUUCCCAUCGACGAUAAUCUCGAUGAGCCAGCCAUUCGGGAUGUUCCGGGGAGUGACGAGAAGAGUCUGGUGUUGACCACGGGAGCCAAGGACGGGGCUUCGCCCUGGACUUACGUGUUUAUCUUCGACGAUGAGAGUCGAGACGACGCCGCCUUGAUUCAACAAGGUGUCAUCAACAUCAAAUCGCCCACCUCCAAUGAUGAACCUACCGCUGCCCCCACUGAGCCGCCGGCCUCGACUGAACCGCCGGCCUCGACUGAACCAUCGGCCUCUACUGAACCGCCGCCCUCUCAGGACAUUGUGGUUGCCACUCAAGACAACACCAUUGAGGUUCCGCCGACAGCGUCCAAGGCCGCCCGCGGCAAAGGAGGCCGCCGUGGAGCCGGUCGAGGCAAGGGCAAGAAGGGACAAUCUCUGCCUGCAGGAGCAAAGCCUUAUGUCUGCACACUCUGUGGCGGAGCGUGGAAGAACGACAUCGGCCUGAAAUACCAUCUGCAGAAGGCUCUGGUCCCCUGCAAUCCAAACUUCGACCCUGCCACUUUGCUUGAGCGAUCCCGAAAGCGCCGCAAACCAUCCCCUGUGCCGCCACCCUCCCUGGGCGAUUCGGAAGCAGGGGAUGAAGAAGCUUCGGGCCGCACGCGAAAGUCAAGAAGCACACGGAAAAGCGAGAAUAAAGCGGAAAAGAAAACCCUUUAUCUGCCAUCCAAAGUUCGGACGGCUAUGCGAUCUUCGCUGGAUCCGAAGCACAAGUUCCGAGGACUUGAUAUUUCAGAUGUUGGUGAUGAGGAUGAACCGGACAACGUGGCCGCGCAACGCUCCAGGCCGGUUUCCAGAGGCACAAGCUCCCACCUGGGUGGGCCGUCCAGACACCUGGAACAGGGACAAGAUGUCCUGGGAGAACCCCUUCCGGCUGUGGGUCAGUCAAGCGCCUUGAAGGAAGGAAGACCCUUCAAUGUCGAAUACCGGCCUUCCACGCUGACAAACACAGUCCGUCAGGUCCAACAGCCCCCCGGCACCGGUGAUGAUGCCUCGCAGGUUGAUUCGGCCGUCACCGAUGCCCGUGCUCUCAACUCUGUUCUCGACCGGAAACAAUCAGAACCACUUCCUCAUGCUUUACCCACGGCUCCUGCCACCCCAUCAAUCACCCGCGCCUCUGAGCACGCGCCGACGUCAAACAAUGCACCUGAUGGCAAGUCAUCCUCUCCUACCGCUGGCAACAAUUUUACUUUGAGGCCCACAGACGGGACCCUUGCCCGAGAUCAGUCUAGGACAGAAGCUUCGCCAUGGGAAUCCAUCCCGGCUAGUCGGGCGCAACCUCCUCAAACUGAGUAUCCAGAAGCGCCAUCCCAACAAAUGGAGCAAAUCAUCGAACGGGAUGUGUGUGCGGAGCCGUGGAACUCGCACAAUGAACGUGCUGUCCUCAAGCCUUUCUCCAGCUCGACCAACUACGCCCGAAUGGCAACGGAUGCGAAGAAGCGGACUGCUCAAGCCUUUGACAUCAUCAACUACAUCCUGGACAACAACUGCGGGGUGUUUCCGGGCGAGAAGGCUCUGUUUUACGCCCUCACCAAGGUCUUCCUGAAAGAGUUCAGGGACCAGAUGCCGCCGACCUGGAAGAACUAUGUCAGUGCAGUGAGGGCGCUGGAGACCCGCAAGCUCGCCGCCGUGCACACGACCAUGGUCAAGACAGAGAGGGGAAGGCUGCAGACAUGCACGUUGCUAGUGAGGACCGGUGUGGAUCCCAAUGGGAUGGUCCCCAGCAUUAUGAAGCAAAAGAUGCGCGAAGCUUAUCCGGGCAUCUACAUCCCCGCGGCCUUUUCGCCCACUCAGGAAGAACUGGCAGUGCUGCAGGAGCUCGACAAGAAGCCGCCGCCGACUCCCGAGAAAAAUGGCAGGCCGAAUGCUAAUGGCCAAAAGUUCCGCAGCAGGCGCAAGAUUGAAGAGAUUGAGGUUUUCAAUGCACCCUACUACACCCAGACCGCGCCUCCUGUCGAGCCCACCAAGGAUCCUCUCUGGCUCAGGGAUACUGAGCUGAUUCCGGAAGACGAUUACAUCGGUCGGAAACGAUCAGCCCCGCACGAUUUCCCGGCCGGUCCCUCCCAGAAGAAGCCGAAGACGGACUUCGAAGGCAAUCUGUUAUACGGGGACAUCCCUGUGGAUCCGAAUCUCUUGGGGGGUCAAGCUGCGGAAGAUCAGCCCUCUGUGCUAGAAGCGAUCAAAGCGUAUAGCCUUUUGCCAUCGAGGGUGGGCGGACGCAGUCGCCGCAGGUUGUCGCACUCAACCAAACCGUUGACCAAACUCUCGCCCGAGCUUGGAAGGGUAAAAAAUCCAGGGUUGGCCAGUUUGCCUGCCUCCUUCUUUGGCAACGCCGCAGACGAUACGACGGACCAGUUCGCCACGCCUGCGAUUCAGUUCUUGGAGCCCAGCACCGGCCCCGAGGAUGACGCUCAAGAACCUGGGGAAACCCAGAGCCAGAGCCAAGUGUCCAGUCGGGAGAGCAGCGAGGAUGUCUUGGACGAGCCAGAAGCAAAAGAGUCACAGACCGGCAAUGAGGAAGAAGUCAAGGGACCCAAGAAGUACAGAUUUGUGUACCCGUCGGUCUUGGAGCCCGUGUCUGGAUCCAAGUUCUCCUGGCCCGAGCUGUCCGCGGGCUUCUUUGAGCGCCACGGUACCAGCUUCACUAUGAACGGCUGGAUGCCCAGUCGGAAGUGGCUGCUUGCCCAGAACUUGCCGUUCAGCGCAGAGGAGAUGGCCGAGAAUCAGCAAUCUGAAAAGAUCCAACUCCGCGACUGGGUCGACAAGGCGUACGCAAAGUUCUGCUCCACCGUCAACCAAUGCGCUGCGUGGGAGCAGUCGCAAGCCGGCACGGCGGUGAUGCUGGGUGGCUCUGUGGCCCCCACGUACAUCUACAUUAACGUCUCCGCGCCGGUGUCGAAGGCCCGUCCGAAGACGCCCGCCUUGACGUGGUCCGACGACACGAUGUACAGCGUCGACACUCUGCCGUACGAAGAGCUCGAGGACGACGAUUACGGGGACGUGAUCUAUGUGGAGGAUGCGCCGCCGAGGGCUGCCGCGGGAGAAGGCGAGCCCGUGCUCAAGAAACGUCGCGUGCAGAAAGCGGGUGAGACACAGGUGAGGCGACUUCAGGGAAGGCCUCCCAAGCUCAAGCUGCUGCCGAUCAAGACGAUGCGGGAGCACACGGCGUAUCCGAGAUCGGCGGAGGACUUCCUCCGCACUCCAGGCGGCGAGAACGAGGAACUCGAUUGGUCGAGCGAGAAUGUUCGGCUGGCGGCGUUCAUUGUGGUUACCACACUAUUGGGCGGUGUCGACAGGGUUGUGGACUGGGGGUUGAUGAUGAGGCUCAUGCCCGACCAAACGUGAGUGACUUUUCUCGAACCUUGUAGGGAGGCGGCUGCUGACGG